GCGAAUCGCGAAUGUUGAAACUCCAUAGUUUUCUUAAUCUAGAAUUAAUACCAAAUUACUAAAUAGUCCUAUAUUUUGAUGUUCUUGUCGUUCUCGGUUUACACUGUUUUAGUGUUUUUCAAUUCUCAUUUCAUAGAUAUUAGCGAUCGGCAUAUCGUACCAAAUUUGUAGUGUUUCAUACUUCGAUCACCAUCACAUUCUCAGUUCUCGCGGCACUAUUCUUACCUAUUUAGUUCUUACUGUUAUUAGAGUCUCACUGUACUCCGUUUUUAUCAUAUUGUAUCAAUUAAUAAAGUUUGAUUUUGAUUUUGAUUUCCAUUUAAUUAUUCAUUUUUAUUAUAUUUAAAGACACAUUUAAAUUCGAUCAAUUAUUGUUUUGAGUAGGUAAUAGAUAUAUAGUUAUUAUAUUAUUUUUUAAUAGCUUCAAACUAAUCAUGAUGAACGGAAGUGUUGGUUUGCAACAACAACCAUUUAUUAGCACAUUGUCAACAGCUAAUUCCAACAACUACCAACCUGCAUCCGUCUCUGCACCAGUCGUGACAAAUGGUACAGAAGAAGAACCAGAAGCUAAAAUACCAAAACUUGAAGUGAAUGGAAAUGCAUCAUUCACUACUGCACCGUAUGAUUUCAACCAAGUUGGCACUUUAAUCUCAGGUCCUGGUUCAAGACUUGGUAUUUUAGGCGCUCUUGCGGCUCCCUUAAUCAAAUUGAGUACAGAACAAAAUGAAGCUGUUGCCAAAGCAAAAAAAUAUGCUAUGGAACAAAGUAUUAAAAUGGUGUUAAUGAAACAAACAUUAGCCCACCAACAACAACAAGCCAAGUCAUUUCAUCGUCACCAAGCUUUAAUAUUAAUGUGCAGAGUAUAUGUUGGGAGUAUUAGUUUUGAACUUAAAGAAGACUCAAUUAAACAAGCAUUUUCACCAUUUGGUUGUAUUAAAUCAAUUAACAUGUCUUGGGAUCCAAUCACUCAAAAGCACAAAGGUUUUGCAUUUGUAGAAUAUGAAAUACCAGAAGCUGCUCAGCUUGCACUUGAGCAAAUGAAUGGUGUAAUGCUUGGUGGUCGAAAUAUUAAAGUUGUUGGCCGUCCUAGCAAUAUGCCACAAGCACAAUCUGUUAUUGAUGAGAUUCAGGAAGAAGCUAAACAAUAUAACCGUAUUUACGUAGCAUCUAUACAUCCUGACUUAACUGAAGAUGAUAUAAAAAGUGUAUUUGAAGCAUUUGGCCCUAUUAGGACGUGUAAACUUGCACAAGGUAGUACACCAAACAGACAUCGUGGCUAUGGUUUCAUUGAAUAUGAAGGUCGCCAAGCAGCCAUUGAAGCAAUAUCUUCAAUGAAUCUUUUUGAUCUUGGGGGCCAGUAUUUAAGAGUUGGGCGUGCCAUUACUCCUCCAAAUGCUCUUCAUGGUCCUUCAUCUUCAAGUCAUAUGCCUACAGCUGCUGCUGUUGCAGCUGCAGCAGCUACAGCAAAGAUUCAAGCGAUGGAUGCAGUUGCUACUAAUGCAGUUUUAGGUUUAAGUAAAUUAAGUUCUCAAUUAGGUGCUCAAACAGCUGUCUUACCUGGCUUACAACAGUUACCUACUACAUUAGGCAUAACUCCUCCUGUUCCAGCCGCUACUAUACCACCACCAGGAAUUGCUAUACCACAACAAAUUAGAGCUCCAGUACCAAUAAUACCAGGAACCACAGGAUUGAGUCCAGUUAUGCAACAAUCAAUACCUCCACCAGCACUUAUAAAUCCUACUCAAUUGGCUGCCCCUGUAAUUCCAACAGUAACAGCUGAUGCACUAAAACGGGCCGAUCAACAAAAAAAACAAGAAGAAUUACAAAAAAAGUUAUUGGAAGAAACUGAACCUCAAACAUUACAACAACAAGAAAAUAUGUCUAUUAAAGGACAAAGUGCUAGACACCUUGUUAUGCAAAAAUUAAUGAGGAAAACUGAGAGCCGAGUUGUUAUACUCAGAAACAUGGUUGGCGUUGAAGAUGUAGAUGACAGUUUACAAGAAGAAAUUCAAGAUGAAUGUAGCAAAUUUGGUGUUGUUGAACGUGUUAUAAUUUAUAAAGAAAAACAAUCAGAUAGUGUAGAUGAUGAUUCAGAUACAAUUGUAAAAAUAUUUGUGGAGUUUACACAGAUGUCAGAGGCUGAACAAGCUCGAGAUUCCCUAAAUGGUCGAUUCUUUGGCGGACGUUUAGUUAAGGCAGAACUUUAUGAUCAAGCAUUAUUUGACCAUAGUGACUUUUCAGGUUGAAUCAGUUGAAUCAG